GCCCCACGAUGUGCCCCUAUCCGAAAGCGCACACGGAGCUUCACACAGUCGUCACUGCAGGCGCGUGCCGGUGCUCUCUUCAAUUGCACUCGUCGCCCGCAAUUGCGACCGCAGCGGCUCUCUCCCACGCCCCACGCCCCGACCCAGUACUGCACGCCGCAUUCCCGCCUCACCGUCGCGCCCGGUCGAGUCGCGCGCCUUUCAUUUCCCUCACGAGCCGAGACCGAGGUCAUUUCCGAGCACACUUCAUGAGAACUGCGCGAUCACGCCGCCAUGAGCGAUGAGGCAGCGAAGACCCCUGACGGGAAUGCCGCCCGAGCAGCCUCCACCUCCGACAGCGACCAGCAUCCUGCCACGUCCAACACAAACAGCGCGUCGUCGAAAGCUCCGUCGCCGCGGGGAUGGCUCAGCAGCGUACGGCGACCAAAGACAUCGCCAGGCCCAAAGGCUUCCGCGUUGAAGAGGACGCUACUGACCGAAGACGACGCUCGAAGGGACUCGGCCUUGGCGUCAUCCAACUCCGCCCACAGCGCCGACCAGACGGCCAACAAUGCCCCUUCUACGCCCACUAGUCUACGCAAGACCCCGAGCCUCCCCGCCAUAGUCGUACAGGAUGAGCACUCGGGGCGGUCAAGCAACAGCGCACCACCGCAGGCACAAGCGCAGGACGGGCAGCAGGAAGAAGAGGGGGACGCGUUCCACGGCAUAGACACAAUCAUCCCCACGGGCGCCUUGGACGACCUCACGUCGCCGAGCCAGGUUUCAUUCUCAAAGAGAGGGAGCAUCCUGCUGGGCGGCAAGCGGGCAAACAAGGUGAACAAACAACUGGGCCCUGUUGCGGAAGGCGAGACAAGACCGUGGACGCCCCCGCGCCAGAAGGAGCAGGAGCAGGAGCAGGAGCAGCCCAAGAUGGGGAAAGAGAAGGAGCUGUCUGCGCCUGUCACGCCACGACUGUCCCCGCGGUCGCCAUCGCGCUUCUCCACUCGAGGACGGGUCGUCAGCAAUCGUGUGCUUUCCGCCGACGAGAUGAUGCUGUCACAGAAGGUGCGGACCAUGUACCGCCACGGGAACGAGAGUGCAGCGAACUGGGACGGGGUUGAGGAAGAGUCGGAGAGCGCCCAGGACAGCUUCGCAGACAACAGCAGCCUGACCGGCACCCCUGCCAAUGGCUCGUCGUUGACCGUGGAGAGGAACCGGGAGGACUCCAGCUCAGUCCGGAGCUCGAGACGCGGGAGUGCAAUCUCAAAGGAGCCAAAUGAGGCCGCUGGAGGAAUUGAAGAUUGGUCAGAACUUGCAGGCGGAGAGGUGGACCGGUAUGGCUUCAUCCUCCCUAAGAAGACCGGAUCACGGGGCUCGUUGAAUGGCGCCAUUGAUGGGCCGGAAGAACCCCGGCUUCAGCGCGUCUCCACGGCGCUGAAGCUGGCGUCGGAAGAACCCAGAAAACGCGGCAUCGGACGCAGCGUCUCCAAGGCGCGCUCUGCCCGCACAGCAAACCCCAGGUCCGGGUCGCCCAGGAGACGGCGAUCGCAAAAGUCUACCAAGCCCCCGGCCUCUGUUUUCUCAAACACUACAACUCGAAGUACGCCUCAGAGGCCAUUCCGGCAUGCUGCGAACCGGCUGCCACAUAACAGGAGCCGUCGAUUGAUGGACGAAGCCAGCGACAUGCUCAAGCUGCCUCCGGGUCUGGCAGAAGUUGCGGAGCAAGAGGAUGGAGGUAGAGCCGCCCAGGCUAUGAAGGCAAAAGAGUUGGAACGAGAAGAGAAAUGGCGAAAGAUGGCCAAGGUGGUGCAGUCUGGCGCCAACAGUGGAGGCAUGAUGUUCGAGUUCGAUGUCAAAGACCCAAAAGUCGUUUCCCGCACAUGGAAAGGUAUCCCAGACCGAUGGAGAGCGACCGCAUGGUAUGCGUUUCUCGCAGCGAGCGCUAAAGCAAACGAAGACAGUCCUACCGACGAGGAGCUGGUUGCAAACUUUUAUGAGCUACAAGAAGAGAGUUCGGCAGACGACGUCCAAAUAGACGUAGACGUGCCGAGGACCAUCAACAGACAUAUCAUGUUUCGAAGACGAUAUCGUGGCGGCCAACGACUCCUGUUCCGCGUGCUUCAUGCAAUGUCUUUGUACCUACCUGACACGGGGUACGUCCAAGGCAUGGCCGCUCUAGCAGCAACGCUUCUCUGCUAUUACGAAGAAGACAAAGCAUUCGUUAUGCUCGUCCGAUUGUGGAUGCUUCGCGGCCUGGAGCGCCUCUAUGAAUCCGGUUUCGCUGGCCUCAUGGAAGCCUUGGAGGACUUCGAGAAGAACUGGUUGCGCAACGGGGACGUAGCGAAGAAGCUGGUAAGUUCCACCCUGUCGUCUCGCUGCCCCGUGUUGCGGCUUCUGGUCCGUUUCUGUGAUGAAGUGGCUGCGAGACUUCUCGGUCUGUCCGGCCCAGUGAAGCCACUUUGUCAAGUUCCUUCGCUAAUCUAGACCCCUCCAGGAAGAGCUAGGCAUAUCGUCCACUGCCUAUGGCACCCGAUGGUAUCUGACUUUGUUCAACUACUCGCUACCGUUCCCGGCACAGCUUCG